CAUAGACAAGUGUAUCGUUUGAAUGAUCCUCACUACGAAGCUUAAAUUUCUUAAAUAUCGGUAACAAUGAGUGCGACAGGAUAAUGAUAAUGACACUUUUGAAAACUCAUUUCUAAGUGAAAAAAUAGUACAUUAGAUGUCAAAUCUAUGUACUCCUAUACCUCGUCUCUGGUGUCAUGAAACUGUUGGUAAAAUCACCCUCCCGCAUACCCACCCACCCUCUGCAAUUUAUAUAUUGUCCUCUACAGCUGAUCGAAAGGAACCCACAUAAACUGGUAGACUAAACACGCAAACAUUCCGAGUUAGUGUAGUUAUUUCGUCGUGCAUACAGAAUGUACGAUCAGCACAGUAAUCUAAGAAGAAUCGAUAAUUAAUGGAAAGUGAAUGGAGCCGGACCGGUCGAUAGUAGCUUUAAUUUUUCUGUGAUAUCGAAAAAAAUUGUCAUGCUUCCAAUAUGUUAUUUUCCGAGACGAUAUCUUAUGAUACUUCAACUUCACGUUCUUCUGUUGCUAUUACUUUUCCCAGCCAAAGAGUGUACUAUGCCGGAAGCAAGUCAAGAGGGCUUGCUACAUUCAUUCAAAAGUUACUCUGAUAUAGCAAUGUUUCAUUACACGGUUCCGAAGGAAGUGCACAGAGCUACGUGGCAGUUUGCUGCUUUCAUGGAUAGGCAAGAUUGUCCAGAAAGAAAAGUACAUAUAUAUCUACAGUGGGGCAGUUAUCCUGUGAUAUCUGUAAAUAACGAUACAUUUCCUAGUGACAUGUAUCCCAAGCGUAAUCAGACAAUUGUAGUUUCUGCAGUCACAACAUUUGAACCAAAAACUACUGCAAUCGUUCCAGUCUAUGGACCAGAGUCUGGAGACUGGUUUGUGGGAGCUUAUUUGUCCCAUUGGGACGAGAAGGUUCAACAACAGGGGCUAGGACACAAAUGCCAUUAUAGCAUAGGUUCUGUAGCUAUAUGGACGCAGUCCAAUAAUAUGGAAAAUAUUCCAAUUGGUAGUCAAGUUACAUUAAGAACAAGAGGAACUACUUCCUAUUACAAAAUAUACAUACCAUCAGGAACAUGGAAUUUUCAAGUUCAUGUCUGGGGUUGUAAUUUUACUGUGUACAAGUACCUGUAUCCGUCUCGUGACAUACACGAACGUACUUGUAUUCAAAGUAUGGCCUUACAAGGGCGCUCAUUACCCGUUUUUAACCACUCUGAACCCAGUGAAAUCGGAAACUUGACUGUGUUAGAUUCUUAUACCUUUGUGGAGUCUUCUCCAUACGAGGAUAGCUACUAUUAUCUAAUGAUUAUUUCAACUAGUAUUAUUAAAGUAAAUAUUGAAGUAAUCACUUCAGAAUGUCCAGUCAGAGUAACAGAGAAGUCUUUCGUAAGACAGUAUUUAGAUGCACCUUCGUUUUCUCAGGCAUUAGUUCAAUUACAUAUGAAAGAUUUAACAAAACAUCAUAUUCAUCACGACGACGAUAAAAAUAAUAAUGGAUCACUGUACAAUGGAAUUGAUAUUAGAAAUCAGUUUCAUGUGUCGGAUGAAAGUUUUGAUGAUCCAUGUGUUCCAAGAUAUCAACUUGCUAGGAUUAAGCAUUCACAAACAUUUUCCGGUGUCUAUUUAUUACAGGGUAAAGAAUGGUUAACUUCCUGGGUAAUGUUAACGGAUAAGCAUCCAGUAAUAACGCAAUUUAACAUAUUGCCAUUGAUAGACAUCGGUGGUACACUCGAUAUUAGUGCACAUUUAGAAAUGGACAAAGUAGUAACCAGGCAGCUGGUUAAAGUUAUACUUUGUAUACGGCGCGGUCGAGUUCCAGGUAGAUCUAGAGGUAAUGUAAUAUGCAACGAUUCAAGAAUGUCGAUGAAUUUGUCGUCAUUCGAUAAACACGAUUCAAGCCUGCUAAUACCGUAUCCACAGCCGGAUACUUGGUAUGUUGCUUUGCAAGCAACAUGUUAUUUCAACGGACAUCCUGUAAAUUGCGAAAUGGAAGAAAUUUUAGUAUCGUUGGAUAUACGAACAAGGCAAUGUGUAUUUCCUGGAAAUUAUCCAUGUGGUCAUCAUGGAAUUUGUCAAGAAAUCCACAGAGAUAUUCUUUAUUACACAACAUGCAAAUGCUUCGAAGGGUACAAAGGAUGGGGUUGUACAGAUGCUACUAGUGCCAAUCCAGAGUCUUCUCUUCUCAUGACAACAUUGAUGCUCACUUUAAGUAAUGGUUUUUUCAUACCUGCUAUAUAUUUAGCUGUUAAGCGCGGAUUAUAUACAGAAGGAUUAGUGUACAUGGCAACUAUGCUUUUUUCGUCUCUCUACCAUGCUUGUGAUCAACAUGUAAUGACAUAUUGCGUUGCUAAAUAUGAAGUUCUACAAUACAGUGACUUUUUUUCGAGUAUAUUAGCAUUUUGGGUGACGCUCGUUGCAAUGGCUGAAAUACCAACUCAUUUUGUAUCAUUGUGCCAUAUGUUUGGAGUUCUUAUAAUAGCUUUCGGAGUGGAGUCUAAUAAAACAAGCCUAACUAGUAUAUUGGUACCUUUGGGAAUGGGUGUUAUGAUUCCAAUGGGAGCGUAUGUUUACCGCUGUUAUCAAUUGAAGAAAUGGAAGAAACCUGACAGAAUUUCGAAACUAUUGGCAGGAUUGUUAUUAGCAACAGUAGGUCUGUUGCUCUUCUCUUUAGUUGAAACAGAAGCUAAUUAUCAAUAUGUCCAUAGCGCGUGGCAUAUGAUAAUAGCAAUUUCACUAAUAUUUCUAUUACCGCCAUCGCCAAUGGAACCAGCUAGUUCUUCAGGUACAAGCUCAUUCAGCGACGACAGCGAAUUACUUGAUUACAAAGAUGCGCAUGGCAGUCCGAUUUUUACGGUAACCACUGGCCAGGAAAGCUUGGUAAUCGCGUUAAAUUGAGGAUUGUGUUAAAGAUAAGUAGGACAAAAAAACCAAAUACGUACCAUUGUUUAAGUUAUUUGUGCCAAAAGAGUGUUCUAAUUCUCUAAGCAAGAAAGGUAGGUUACGGUAUUAUGAUAAUCAAAACUAGAAGAUGUGUGUACACGUGCACAUACCAUCUACGCAUGGUGUCCCAUUUUAAUAUUUGCCUGAAAUUAUUUUCUAAAUUAUUGAAAAAGCGUUUCAAGUAAAACUUACAUAUUUCUAGGGGUGCCUUUAAGUGGUGUACGCGAGGCUUGUCUAGAUUGAGACAUCUCUGAAAUUAUAAGGUGACCACUAAUUUUUUAAAUGGAACUAUAUAAAAUUUGCAUUUACUAUAAGAUGCCUCUAUCCUUCAGAAUAAAGGAUAAGUUAUAUUUGAAAUGUUUUCAUCGGAAGAUAAUUGAGUAGGCAGAUCAAAAUGGGACACUCUGUAUGUAUUGGGGGUAUCCAUAAGUAAUGUAAUUUUCUUUUAGAUGGAAUAAACGUUAUUGCUCGCGGAUUUGAUCUAGUAUUAUGUAACAUAUAUGCUAAUUUCAUUUACUGACAUUUAGUGUGUUUAUUGCAAAUUUUUGAAGAAAUUUGGGCGUACCAUCAUAAUGUGUUGGCAGAAACCAAUUUUUUUUCACAAAAUUUUUACUACACAUGAAGAGUGGAUUCUAUUCAAUAAAUCAUAUAAGAAGAAACGAUGGUUUACACCAGGAUAGCUGGUCUUCAACGGUGCAAAACCGACAUUACUUAUGGGAAACCCUAAUAGAUCAAAUAUGCAUUUAUGUAUAAUUUAUAUAGUAGUUCCUAAGUCAAUGCAAAUAUGUGGUUAUAGGGUAAUCUAUGUGGAGAUUUUCAACUCAAUACAACGCGACAAACGUGUAAAGAUAUAUUGUGUACAUAUAGUCAUAAACAUUACAUCAACUUGCUAUGGUGCUAAUACUCUUA